ACGCCGCCGCCAUGAGGGAGAUCCUCCACAUCCAGGGCGGCCAAUGCGGCAACCAGAUCGGGGCCAAGUUCUGGGAGGUGAUCUGCGACGAGCACGGCAUCGACCAGACGGGCAAGUACGCCGGCGACUCCGACCUCCAGAUGGAGCGCAUCAACGUCUACUACAACGAGGCCAGCGGCGGCCGCUUCGUGCCCCGCGCCGUGCUCAUGGACCUCGAGCCGGGCACCAUGGACUCGGUGCGCUCCGGGCCAUACGGCCAGAUCUUCCGCCCCGACAACUUCGUCUUCGGCCAGUCCGGCGCAGGCAACAACUGGGCCAAGGGACACUACACCGAGGGCGCAGAGCUCAUCGACUCCGUCCUCGACGUCGUACGCAAGGAGGCCGAGAACUGCGACUGCCUACAGGGAUUUCAGGUCUGCCACUCGCUGGGAGGAGGCACAGGCUCCGGAAUGGGCACCCUGCUCAUCUCCAAGAUCAGGGAGGAGUACCCGGACCGGAUGAUGAUGACGUUCUCGGUCUUCCCAUCGCCCAAGGUGUCUGAUACUGUUGUGGAGCCGUACAACGCUACGCUCUCGGUCCACCAGCUUGUUGAGAAUGCGGAUGAGUGCAUGGUUCUCGACAAUGAGGCCCUCUACGACAUCUGCUUCCGCACUCUGAAGCUCUCCACACCCACCUUUGGUGAUCUCAACCACCUUAUCUCAGCAACCAUGAGUGGUGUUACCUGCUGUCUCCGUUUCCCUGGCCAGCUCAACUCUGACCUCCGGAAGCUUGCUGUGAACCUGAUCCCAUUCCCAAGGCUGCACUUCUUCAUGGUUGGAUUUGCUCCACUGACCUCGAGAGGGUCACAGAUGUACCGUGCCCUCACUGUACCUGAGCUGACUCAGCAGAUGUGGGACUCCAAGAACAUGAUGUGUGCCGCUGACCCUCGGCACGGCCGCUACCUUACUGCCUCAGCCAUGUUCCGCGGAAAGAUGAGCACCAAGGAAGUCGAUGAGCAGAUGCUGAAUGUCCAGAACAAGAACUCGUCCUACUUUGUGGAAUGGAUCCCCAACAACGUCAAGUCGAGUGUGUGUGACAUCCCACCCACUGGCCUGAAGAUGUCGUCCACGUUCGUUGGCAACUCUACUUCGAUCCAGGAGAUGUUCCGCCGUGUGAGCGAGCAGUUCACUGCCAUGUUCAGGAGGAAGGCUUUCUUGCACUGGUACACGGGUGAGGGCAUGGAUGAGAUGGAGUUCACCGAGGCCGAGAGCAACAUGAACGAUCUUGUGGCAGAGUACCAGCAGUACCAGGAUGCCACGGCUGAGGAUGAAGAGGAUUACGAAGAUGAGCAGGAGGAGGAGGAAGCUGCCUAGGCAAAUCCUUGCCCAGUUCCCCAUCGAUAUGCCUUGUAUCGCUUGUUAGUUGUUCUGAACAUUGGUUAGGGUGCUUUCUACCUCUAGAGAUCUAGACGCUAUUUUACUUUCUAAAUGGCAUGUUGCCUUGCGCAGACUUAUUUUUAUUAUGUGUCGUGGUGGUGUAUGCUCAUAUAGUAAUGAGCUUUGACUGUUUGGUGUUUGUCAUUCCCGUAGUACUAGAUUGCCAAGUUCCAAUCUGUCCAGUCUCUUCAAGCCAAUUUGGGUGUACUUUGGAAUUAAUGGUUACUCUAUUGAUUGAA